CACUUGCCACCGACUAUCCCUGACAUUAAGACUUUGGUCUACGAUCAAAGUUCCUUGUACAAACAAUCCACACUCUCCCUCCUCCUCGUAUACCCCCACAACGCAAUAGUUGGAGGAGCCUAAAGCGGAUCGUCUUGUUUGUGUAGUGUCGCAAUCUAACGCCACAAUUUGACGAGCCCAUAACCCGUAUCUAGUCUAGUCGCUCGUUCACCCCCACCCGAAAAACAAAACCCCCGACCUACCAAAACUAUCUGAACGAACAACUAGCUCUUAAGAUGCCCGCCGCAUUUGAAGCCGUCUCCCAGAUCGCCACCCUCCUCUCUGGCCACCUCGUCGUCUCCUCUUCCCUCCCUUACACCAACGCCGCUGCCUCGUCCUCAACGGCAUGCAAGGUCACCAAGCUCUUCCCUCACGUCGACCCUUCCAGCCUCGUCCAAUCCGCGGACAAGUCGAGCCUGACCACCCUCCUCCUCUCUUCAUCCCCGAGCUCGCUCUCUUCCCUCCUCCCAUCCCUGCAUAAACUCGCUUCGACCCCGCUCGUCGUCCACCUCGCCCUGAACCGAGGAUCAGACCUCGGUCCGGUCCUCGCGCUUCGGGGUUCAGGGUGGGUGGUCUUGAAGAGCGAGACGGACGUCGAGGCUGCGGACGGUGCUCUGUUGGCUAGCAAGCUCGCCAAAGAGGCCGGAAAGGCCGUCUUGCACGUCUACGCUGCCGAGGUCGAGAAGGUCGCUUCGAACGGGAACGGACAUGCCAACGGCAACGGACACGUCAAUGGCGAGUCCAAGUCGACUUUGCCCGCUUCGGAAGAGAUCGUCGAGUUCUUCCAAGCUCAGCCUAUCGACCUCGGUGCGGGCGCUUCGGCUUCCCACGCUUCGAUCAUUCCUCACGGUCAACACUUGAACGACGUCCCUCAGUCCGAUGUGGACCUGUUCACCGCUUACGAGGCAGCGGCUCUGGCCACCCUCAAGUUGACCCGGAGGGCACAGAAGCCGUUCCACUACACCGCUCCCAAGAACGGGGACGCCGAGGCCGAGGUGGCGGUCGUCGUGUUCGGUAUGCAGACGGAUGACGUCGUCCACCUGAUUCAGGGAGCGAACAGCAACGUCGGCGUCCUCCAGAUCAGCCUCCUGAGACCUCUCGCCCCGGGUCGAUUACUGGGUUCUCUGCCAGGGUCGGUGAAAAAGGUCGUCGUCCUCGAACAGGCGUUUACGAAAUCCACCCGAUGGGGAGCCGUCUUCCUCGACGUGCUCAGCGCCUUGCAAGCCAGGUCCGAGGUCGAUGAGAACGCCGAGAUGCCCCAAGUCUUUGGAUGCACCCUCGGGCAACUCGACGGCGCUCAGGGACUGGGUGGAAAGUUGGCCAGCGUCUUGAACGGGGAUGCCGACGUCCUCGGUUCGAUCCCCACGCAGGCCGCUUUGCAAGCUCCUCAUGUGCCCCAGGUCGAAGAGGUCUACACCAACAUUCUCGACCAGACCUUCCCCGGUCGACUGGAGAUUGCCAACUCUCCGUCUCUGGUCCCCUCGCUCGGCGAGCUGGCCACCAGGCCGGAGUACGCCUUCGGUAAAGUCUCGGCGUUGUUGGACGAACGGGACGCUCUAGCCGAGGCCGUCAAGGGCUUCUUGAAGGAGAGCACCACUUCGGAAGAACUGCACAAGGUCGCUGCGAGGUGGUUGGUAGGCAAAGACGGCAAGGACGGGAAAAAGGUGGAAAAGCUCGGUGAAGAUCUCGUCACCCAGCUCCAGGCUGCCAAGGACGGUUCGGCUCACGUCAAGAAGGCUUUGGAACUCAAGAACCACGUCAAGCCCGUCUCUCGAUGGAUCAUUGGGUCUGACGCUUGGUCAUACGACUUGGGCUCGUCUGGUAUCCACCACGCCAUCGCCUCGGGCAAGAACGUCAACAUGCUCAUCAUCGACACUCAACCUUACACUACCCGAGGAAGCAAGGACGCGCAGAAGAGGAAGAAGGAUAUCGGGCUCUACGCCAUGAACCACGGCGACGUCUACGUCGCCUCGGUCGCCGUCUACUCGAGUUACAGUCAGGUGCUCCAGGCUUUCGCUGCGGCUGACGCUUUCCCCGGUCCGUCGAUCGUCUUGGCGUACCUGCCUUAUGGACAGGACGAGAGCGCCACGGCUUUGCAGGUCUUGAAAGAGACCAAGCUCGCCGUCGACAAUGCCUACUGGCCGUUGUACCGAUGGGACCCUUCGCAAGAGAACGUCGAGGGCGGGAAACCGUUCUUGCUCGACUCUGUCCGGGUCAAGGAGGCCAUGAAGGAUUUCCUCGACCAGCAGAACCACUUGUCGCAGUUGACGGCUGCCGAGCCCAAGAUCGCCAAACAGGUCGUCGAGUCGGUCGGGAUCGAGAUCAGGGACGCUAGGAGGAAGAAGGCCAAGGAGGCUUACGAAAAGUUGAUGAACGCCAUGGACGGACCUCCUCUCUUGAUCCUCUACGCCUCGGACGGUGGAAACGCCGAAAAGGUCGCCAAAAAGUUGGCCGCUAGGGCCAAGACGAGGGGCCUCGCCACCCGACUCGUCACCAUGGACGACUUUGCUUUCGACGACAUCAAGCUCGAGGGUCACGUCGUCUUCUUCACCUCGACCGCUGGUCAGGGUGAAGCUCCUCAGAACGGUAGGACCACCUUCAAGGCCUUGAUGGCCGCUGGCGAGGGCGGGGAGUGGGAGAACUUGAACUUUACCGUCUUUGGAAUGGGUGACUCGCAUUACUGGCCCGGCGAGGAUGGUGCCAAGUACUACAACAAGCCCGCCAAGGAGAUUGACGGCAGGUUGGAGAAGCUCGGAGCCAAGAGGAUGGCCGACAUUGGAUUGGGUGACGACCAGGACCCGGACGGUGCUCAGACCGGGUACAAGAUCUGGGAGCCUCUCCUCUGGAAGGCUAUGGGUGUCGACUCGGUCGAGGUCCUCGAGGCCGAACCCGAGCCGAUUACCAACGAGAACAUCAAGAUCGCUUCCAACUAUUUGCGAGGUACCAUCCUCGAGGGUCUCGCUGACCAGUCGACGGGUGCUAUCGACCCUUCGGACGCCCAGUUGACCAAGUUCCACGGGACUUACAUGCAGGACGACCGUGAUAUCCGAGAGGAGCGCAAGGAUCAGGGUCUGGAGCCUGCUUACUCCUUCAUGAUCCGAUGCCGAAUGCCCGGUGGUGUCUGCAAGCCCGAGCAGUGGUUGGCCAUCGACCAGAUCUCGGACGAGCACGGCAACGGUACUUUCAAGUUGACCACCCGUCAGACCUUCCAGUUCCACGGAAUCAUCAAGAAGCACUUGAAGCCCGCCAUGCAGGCUAUCAAUAGGACCUUGCUCGACACCAUCGCCGCUUGUGGUGACGUCAACCGAAACGUUCAGUUGUCCGUCAACCCGUCGUACUCGAAGCUGCACGAGCAGGUUUACGACUUUAGCAAGGCCUUGUCCGAACACCUGUUGCCCAGCACGACCGCUUACCACGAGAUCUGGCUCGACAAAAAGCUCGUCGCCGGCGAGGCCGUCAAGGACUUUGAACCCCUGUACGGUCCUUACUACUUGCCCCGAAAGUUCAAGAUCGCCGUUGCCGUGCCUCCCGACAACUCUGUCGAUAUCUUCACCAACGAUCUCGGUUUCAUCGCCAUCACCGACGAUCAGGGUGAGCUUGCCGGUUUCAACGUGACCGUCGGAGGAGGUAUGGGUGUGACCCACUCGAACAAGAAGACGUACCCCCGUCUGGGAGAUGUCAUCGGGUUCGUCACCGUAGAGGAAGGAUGUAAGGCGGCCGAAGCGGUCAUGCUCAGUCAGCGUGACAACGGAAACCGAGCCGAUCGAAAGAACGCCCGACUCAAGUACACCGUCGACCGAAUGGGUCUGGCCGCUUUCAAGGCCGACGUCGAGAAGCGUCUUGGUCACCCGUUCGAGCCCGCUCGAGAGUACAAGUUUGAGCAAAACGUCGACAACUAUGGUUGGAUCAAGGGUCACAACGGCAAGUGGCACUUUACCAUGUUCAUCGAGAACGGACGUGUCGAGGACAACGAUCGACACCAGUUCAAGACGGGUCUGCGGGAGAUUGCUAGCGUGCACAAGGGUGACUUUAGGUUGACCGCCAACCAGCACUGUAUCCUGUCUGACGUGACCGAAGAGGACAAGCCCGAGAUGGAGAGGCUUUUGGCCAAGUGGAAGCUCGACCAGAUCGACCACUCCGGUUUGCGAUUAUCCUCGUCAGCCUGUGUCGCUUUCCCUACAUGUGGUCUCGCUAUGGCCGAGUCUGAGCGAUACCUUCCCGUCUUGGUCGACAAGCUCGAGAAGGUCUGUGAAGACGCUGGUCUGCGAAACGAUUCUAUCGUCAUGCGGAUGACCGGAUGUCCCAACGGUUGUGCACGACCGUGGGCUGCCGAGGUCGCCUUUGUCGGAAAGGCUCCCGGAACCUACUUGAUGAUGCUCGGUGGAGGUUACUACGGUCAACGACUGAACAAGCCCUUCAAGGAGAGCGUCACCGAGCCCGAGAUCAUGGACAUCAUGACCCCCAUGAUCAAGCGAUACGCGCUCGAGCGCGAGGAUGGCGAAAGGUUCGGAGACUGGACCAUCCGAGCCGGAUACGUCAAGCCGACCUUGUCCGGCAAGGAGUUUUACGACGACUCGGUCUUGGCUUAAGAGACGGUCGAGGGAGCAACGAGAGGUUACGUUUAGCAUUGGUUUUGGUCUUUUUGGUUCUAAGCUCUUGUCAUCUAUCUUGUAAUAUCAACGCACAUGCAAUCGACGAACGAAAGUAUUGAGAACGUUA